GUAUUUGACCCGUGUAGCGUAAAAUGUGCACCAGUACCUCUUACCGGUGUCUCCUUUGUAAAAAAAAAAUAGAAAUCGUUAAUCAAUUCCCUAUAACUACAGCUCUACAAAAGCGAGCGUUAGAAAAGAAGAAUCGGUCGGAAGCGUCUCGUGAUAAGUUUAUCAUUGAUUUUCGAAGAAUCGCGAAACGUCGUUUCUAUUAGAUGUAAUUAAAUGGGUUGCACGUUUUAGAUGCGUAUUAAAAUAUCGUUGUUCCGACUAGGUACGUAGAGAAGGAGCUGCCAGCGGAAACGGAACGCAGGGUGCGCUCCCGCAAUUUUUCAAACGGCGCGAUUUCGAGUUUCGCGAGAAACAGCGGGUCGAUGGCGAGGAGUAAGGACCGACGUCGAAUGGAAAACGGCGACGUGUUCGAGACGAGACAAAGUUGAGAGUCGAACGGAAGGAGGAAGCCACGAGGGUGUCCCGUUUGAAAAGAGCGGCGGCAAGUUGCACGCGCGAGAAACGAAUAACGUUUGGAUGACACGCAUAUUAUCCAAAGCCCGUGAAGAACAAGCGGUAGGCGGACGAAUACAACGAACGAACCUUUCGAUUAGGUAUUAUCAAUCGACGCGAUAGAAAAUGAGCGAUAACGCGAGACAAGCCAACGGCACGUCUACUUACGCGUCCACGAGUAGGUAAUGCGGUUCAAGUCAGUAGCGUAGCUAUCCGAUCUCGCGAUGCGUCGCGAUUCUUCCGUUUCCUUUUAGCGUCGUUUCACCGUCAGAAUCGAACUGCAACUUGGAAAAGGCGGUAUAAACUAGGAUAGGCGAGGCGAGGCGUGGCGAGGCUGGACGAUCGCUUAUCCGUUAUCGGACCGCGAUCACUAAAGUCUAAUCUAUCGGUAGCGGCGACUUUACCGCGGCACGCGUGUCAUUUCCGACAGAUAGAGCGAGCUGACGCGUAUCUAAGAAUAGUUGUUAAAAAAACGGCGGAUAGACGGACGGCCGUUUUCGCGGAUAUACGACCCAGCCGCCGAUCCGCGCUCGUCCGUUUUCGUUGAUUUGCUCGCGACAUACGCGCAACACCUCGAAUCAAUUCGAACCGGUCGCCGUGAAAGAGGAAAGUGGCUCGCGCGGAUCGCGAGCAGGAAAAUGGACGCGUGCAAACGAACCUCAAACUGUCCUGCCCGCAAGGUCCUGCUCGGUAUCGUGACAGUGGCAAACGAAGCCUCGUCGUUCGAGUCAAAGAGGAGGUGAAAAAGAAAAAGAAGAAGAAGAAGAAGAAGAAGAAGAAGAAGAAGAAGGAAAGAGGACAGGGCUCGAGAGCGUACACAUAGAUGGGUACCAAGUGGAUCGUCGCGUUGACGAUCGCGUGGCUAACGUUUCCGGUGAACGGGAGAACGACUUGUCGCGAGGUACAAUUGGCUCGUGACUGCGAGGCCCUGUGCAAGAGAAACCGGAACGGGCCGAUUUCCUGCGAGCUCAGGGUGGCCGUUCUACUACCGGCCGAUCCAAGCUUCGACAUUUCCUUGCCAAAGGUUCUUCCGGUUCUCGACUUGGCUGUCUACCACGCUAGAUCGCGAGGCCUACUACCCCGCUGGUUGAAACUAAAGUUUCUUUCGCAGGACGAUCACUGCGACGCGAUGUACGCUCAGAUCGGCGCGAUCGAUAGCUUUUCCAAUUGCGUUCACCUCUUUCUCGGACCCGCCUGCGAUUACUGCGUAGCUGCCGUUGGAAGGGUGGUGAAGUUUUUCGGCGCCCCGUUGAUCACCACCGGGGGAUUCACCUUCGAUUUUACCGAGAAGAAGACCGAGUGCAAAGACGAAUACUUUAUGACCACUAGAAUCGGAAACGUGGCUUUUAGGGAUCUCGCCAAAUUUAUCGUUGCCUUGAUGGAUCGUCACGAAUGGCGAAAGGUGCAUCUAGUGUACGCGACGAACGGGCAAAGUCAGGUGGCCGGCAGACACACCUGUCAGCUGAUGAUGAAGUCGAUGGUGGAGUUUAUCAAGAAGCAGCCAAACUUUACGUUCGGUACGUUCGACCUGGAGACGACAGUGGGCGAAGAUUACGAGGAAGCGUUGCGGACUCACGUCGGCAACUGGUACGGUGACGCUUUUCUGGGCCCCGUCUGCGAUUACGUGAUCGCGCCGGUCGCCAGAUACGCGGGUGUCUGGAGGAUCCCGGUGUUGACGGCCGGCGCUCAGGCCGAGGCGUUUCGCUACAAGGGUGAACACUAUCCCACCCUGACCAGGAUGAUGGGUUCCCACCGGCUGGUCGGCGAGGCGCUCAGGCAUAUCUUGAAACGUUUCGGAUGGAAAAUCGCCGGACUUCUUUAUCACAAUCACGCGAUGGCGAGCAGCCGUGGCAACUCCGAGUGCCACUUCACUUUGGGCGCUGUGUUCACCGCUUUGAAUCAAACGCCUGUCUACCGAAGCUUCAAUCAAGAGACGACGAGCGGCGAGGACUACAGGAAUUUGCUCGCCUUCCUCGCUAAGUCUGCCAGGAUUGUAGUGAUGUGCGCCAAUUCGACGACGAUCAGGGAAAUUUUACUGGCCGCCGAACAACUCGGGAUGGUGGAUUCCGGGGAGUACGUGUUCUUCUCGAUCGAGCUAUCGUCCAGCGACAACAACUCGGAGGAACCGUGGAGAGUGGAAACCGAUACGGAGGAGAAAAACGAGAAGGCGCGAAAAGCCUACCAGGCGUUGUUAACGGUGACCGCGCGAACUCCCGAUAAUAUCGAGUACUUGAACUUUUCGAGGGAAGUGAAAUCACUGGCCCAGAGCAACUACAAUUUCACGUUCGGUAACAGUUCGGUCUCGACGUUUGUCACCGCUUUUUACGACGCCGUCCUCCUUUACGCCCUUGCGCUUAAGGAGAGCUUGCCGGCAUAUCCGGGAAAAAUUAAUUUAGACGGCGGUGAUCUCACCCGAAGGAUGUGGGGAAGAAGCUUCAAAGGUAUAACGGGUGACGUGAAUAUCGACGAGAACGGCGAUCGAAUAGCGGACUACUCUCUUCUCGACAUGAAUCCUGAAACAUCGAGGUUCGAGAUCGUCGCUAAUUAUUACGGCGCCAAUAAAACGCUCGAGUAUAUACCUGGGAAAAGGAUUCACUGGUCCGGUGGUCGAAAGGAACCACCGCCGGAUACACCCACCUGCGGCUUCGACGGCUCCUUGUGUCCCGAUAAUUCUCUUCCAGGACACGCGAUUCUAUCGAUGGUCCUCAGCUCGAUCGUCGUCGUCCUCGCAAUCGUUUCGGUUUUUAUCUACAGACACUUUAAGCUCGAAGCGGAAAUAGCUUCGAUGACCUGGAAGGUGCACUGGAACGAUAUUAUCGUGAUGCCGAACGCGAAAACGAGAGGUUCCAUGUACUCGUUGAUGGCGAACAAGAUGCGCGGUAGCCAACUGACCAUCUAUUCGGUGGAUAACGCCAGUUUUGGGGCCGAACUGGACAGAACCGUCUACGUUCCAACGGGGAUAUACAAGAACUCCAAGGUUGCCAUAAAACUGAUACCGAGGGACAAGGUGGAAAUCUCGCGGCCCCUGUUGCUCGAACUGAAGAGGAUGAAGGACCUUCAGCACGAUCAUCUGGUGCGGUUCUACGGUGCUUGCGUCGAGCCCCCGCACUGUUGCCUCUUGACCGAAUACUGCCCCAAGGGUUCUCUUCAGGACAUCUUGGAGAACCAGCAGAUCAAACUGGAUCGCGUGUUUCGUGGAUCUCUGAUACACGAUAUCGUUCGAGGGAUGGGGUAUCUUCACGCGUCCGAACUAAAGAGCCAUGGCAAUCUAAAAUCCUCCAACUGUGUGGUCGAUUCGCGAUUCGUUCUCAAGAUCGCCGAUUUUGGAUUGCACGAACUGAGGAAGCCUAAUCCCAUCGAAGCGGAAGCGGACAGGAACAGCUAUGCCUACUGGAGAAGACAGCUGUGGACGGCGCCGGAAUUGUUGCGAAUGGAAAGGCGACCACCGGAAGGUACUCAAAAGGGCGACGUGUACAGCUUCGGUAUAAUCGUCCACGAGAUCGUGGUACGAAAAGGACCAUUCUACUUGGGUGACGACCGCGACCUCUCACCGAACGAAAUCGUAGAAGGAGUGAAAAGGGGCGGUGGUUCCCCUUUGAGGCCAGCGAUCGACGAGUCCGCGGUCGAAGAAGAAGUGGCUACGUUGAUGAGGAGAUGCUGGGCACAAGACUCCGCGGACCGACCAGAUUUUCCCGCGCUCAAGCAGACUAUACGAAAAAUUAACAAAGACUACGAGAGCAGCAAUAUUCUGGACAAUUUACUCUCUCGUAUGGAACAAUACGCCACGAAUUUGGAGACUUUGGUGGAGGAACGUACCGCUGAUUACCUCGAAGAGAAACGCAAAUGCGAAGAGCUUCUUUAUCAAUUAUUGCCCAAGUCCGUCGCGUCUCAGCUGAUACUCGGUCAAAGCGUGAUUGCCGAAACUUACGAUCAAGUGACCAUCUACUUUAGCGAUAUAGUAGGAUUUACCAAACUAUCGGCCGAGAGCACUCCUCUUCAAGUGGUGGAUUUGCUUAACGAUCUCUACACGUGUUUCGACUCCAUUAUCGAAAAUUUUGACGUCUACAAGGUGGAGACGAUAGGUGACGCUUACAUGGUAGUGUCUGGAUUACCGGUGAGAAACGGAACGAAUCACGCGAGGGAAAUUGCCAGGAUGAGCUUAGCGUUAAGAGACACCGUGAUGACGUUCAGUAUAAGACACAGGCCGAACGAGCAGCUAAAGCUUCGAAUUGGGAUGCAUUCCGGACCCUGCGUGGCUGGCGUAGUCGGCUUGAAGAUGCCAAGGUACUGUCUCUUCGGAGAUACCGUUAACACAGCCUCUAGAAUGGAGAGCAACGGUGAAGCUCUGAUGAUCCACGUCAGUCCGAAGACGAAGGAAAUCUUGGACACCUUUGGCACCUUCGAACUUGUUUGCAGAGGCGAGGUCACUCUGAAGGGUAAAGGCACGAUGACUACAUACUGGUUGAUGGGUGAGAAGCCAACCAACAAUAACGUUCAACGAGCAAACGUUUCCUCGAUAACGACAUCGACAACGACGACGACAACGACGGCAGCAGCAACCAUGACAACGAUCGCGACGACGACGCACGCGGCGAAGCCGGAAGAUAAACGACCGUGCGAUAUGGCGCGGCAAAGCUGUCAGGAGCAGAAUACGAGUGUUCGAGUGCCGACAAAGAUUCCGGAACAGUCAGGAUCUCAGUCUAAUCAGCUUCGACGACAGUCGAUCGGUCCUCGCGACGUUCAAAUUCAGAGUCGCAAAGAAACGACCGACGACGGUGGCGGAGGCGGCGGUGGUGGUGGCGGCGGGGGUGGUAAUAACGUAACAGGAAACGGAGCAACGAUUCGCGCUCGUUCGAUAUCUGGCAGCUCGAUGGUAGACGUUUCGCCGUCUCGAAAUCGCGUUUCCGUCUCCGCCUCGGCGUCGUCGAACAGCGCGAUUUCGCAAUCCCGUCGUUCCUAUCAAACGACCGCCGACAGUAUUCCAAAUCACACGGAGAGUGGACCAAACGCGCCCCUGUUGGUACCCGCGGCACCACCUCCCCGAGUCUAGCUCCUCUACCACUCACACAUUGUUCAUUCGUGAUUCCUGUAUCAUCGUCUCUCGUGUAGAAUAGCAGCGAAGCAACCUCUGAUCGGCCCGUGUCCGAUUGAAAUUUGGGUCCACUCGUUCGAAAGAAUGCCUCCUGCCUUUCGACGUAAAAAACACUGAUUCACGGAGAAGAGCUUAGUUGCGCGCCAACAACAAUCUUUCCUAUCCACUGGCCAUAGGAAAGCGUGCGUCUGUUCGCGACCUACCUACCUACCUACCGUGUUCCCCAUAGCGUCGAUAAUUUUUCGAGGACCAGCGCUUUCACUAGAAUAACCGCGAAACUCCGAAAUACCAGAUUUUAUACGCGUACGCGGAAAUGGAGGGAUAAGAAACUAUGAAGCAAACAGGAAAUGACACGAUGCGAGUAAAAUAUGUUGCGCGCACGCGUAUGAUUGCAUCACUCAACACAAAACGGGCUAUAUUCGUGUGUACCUAUACUCAUGGCACGUGCAUACAUGAGCAGACGCAACACAGACAGACAAACACAUACGUAAUCGUAUACACUUAUAUUUAUAUUUAUGAAGAGUUAAAGUUAGAUAUCGGUGUGCAAAAGUAGAGGCGGGGCCUCGUCCGAAAAUCACGGCCGUAUCUAUAGCUUGACUAUUGGCUAUGCGCAAAAUGGUCGCAUGCUAGAGGUAUUAGGUAUACGUGUACGCGCGUGGUACACGCCGUAAAACGAAAGUAUGAGAAUCGAGCACGACCCGCGUCCCGAAGAUCGAAUUUCUCUCUAUUCGUGUCAAUCUCUUUUAACGUUGUAACGAUCGAUAUUCCUAAAAUAAAAUUUCAUUGUUUCCAAA